AUGGAAAGUGCCAUUGACAUGUCGUGCGACCAGAUACGAUGCACUGGGGACAGGUCCGGUUGCAGCCGACCCCGGACGCCGGAGACCAGCAUAGACCCGACCAUUCUGGACGGCACGCGUUCCCUUUCGGAGCAGAAGAAUGCUACGCAGCUUCAGGGUGAGCGGAAGCAGCCGCACCGGGACGGGAGGUCCAAGAAGAAUCGGAGACAGCAAGACCGAUGUGCCAAUGGCAAGUCGCAAUCGCAGCCGUCGACAAGAGGAAGCAUAUCGGUAUCCGAAACGACACAACAUCAGCCGCCUGCAUUGACCCCAUCGCAAACUUCGGGCUCGGCUGCGUCCUCAGCUCCCACGCCGACCGGCAUAGUUGAGUUUGAGCUUUCAGGCACAUAUGCCCAAACAGAGCUGGGCGAGGACAGUGGUAUGGCGGAUGUCUCUGACUUCUCUUUGGCUGCCGACGUGGACUGGGAGCAAGGCCUGGGCGACGGGGGCAUGUUCCUCAAAGACACAGACUCGAACGGUGCUUUAGCUUCUGACCUGGCAGACACCAGCAUGGCGCCGUUGGACUUGGAGCAAUGGCUCUCAUCGUCACCCAUCAUGAAUGGGGCGGCAGAACUAGAUCAUUGCGUUGAUCUAUUACCGGAAACAUCACUGUUUUCGUUUUCGAAGAGCCAGACGCCUGCGGAGAUGUCCAGCAUAACCCCGUCCGCCAAUGCAGCUAGGAGCUGUCUUGCAAGACACGCAGAUAUCGACAUCACAACUCUACCUGGGUUCGGCGGUGGUUCCGGCGAAGAUCCUUCCGUGUCUCGCCCCAACCCCGAAGAAAUGGUGACUGCGGCACGAGGCGACUCACAAGCAAGCGGCGGCUGUAAGUGUCUCCAGCGCAUUGUUAUACUUAUCGACGAAAUGGAUUUGCGGAUAGCUGCUACACCGGCCGACCAUGUAGGCAAUCUGGACUGGGAGCUAUGGUCACACAAGGAUGCCGUGAAACACGGCGAAUCUAUGUUCGCAUGCCGCAUGUGUUCUACGCGAGUCGAGAAUAUGAUGCUUCUGAGCUUUCUGACGGAUCGGCUAGCUCUCCUAUGCGAGCGAAUCGUCAGGACGUAUUCGGAGCUACGGCUGGGGCAGGUCAGGGUGGCGAUGGGCAAAAGCAUGGGCCUGAGCUACAAAGCGAUCCGCUUUGGCGACUACGAGGUGGACUCCCCAGCGGAGUGGGAGAUGAUCCUGAAACCUCUGAUCGUCCUCCAACUCAAAGCGCUGAAGGCGCUCGUUGAUAAGGUCGAGCUAUCGAAACGUGCCCAGCGGAAGAGCUCUAGAGCGACCAAAGACAAGGUACGGGGCCUGAUAGAGAUCAUGGGCAGCUAG